CAAGUUUACCAACGCAAUACUACCCAUCGUUAGUAUCGUCAAGACAUCGAAGGAGGCUAAACUACAAUCGAUAUGUCUGACAUCUGUAAAGACAUGCGGUAGCGAUUCAUCCCUAGUUUGACAAGUGAUACCAACAAAGUGAAAGAAAAAACUUUCGAACAAUUUUGUGAUACACCAUUUUAUUUUGUGUUUAUUGGAUAUACUUUUACGUGUUGUGUUUCGUGCCAAAAAAACUGCCAAAAUUUUUUGGAUACCUUGGAUAUUAUACACACCCCCAAAGGAGUGCCACGAAGGACUUAAAUGCCUUGAAGAGAAGCUACAAUCUGCACAGGCUUCAAAGAUGCGAUUGGACGCAAUGGACGGUAGUGAAGUUCACUGCUCUGAUGAGUUGGACAUCCGUAAUAUUCAUGAGGAAGAUUUCGAGAAAUAUGUUACUUUCAUAGUCCCUGAUGUGGACGUAGAUCCAAAUGCUCCUGACAAGGCUAUUGCAUCUCUUCCUAGGAAUUUGAUAUUGAGAACAUCGCAAGUAUCGGAUGAAAAUUGUAAUGGCGUGAUAAGUACAGGAUAUAUUCCUCGUGGAACGAGGUUUGGUCCCCUCAAAGGACGAAGCUAUAGCAAAUUCAAGAUACCGCAAACUGCAAAUAAGAAAUUUUUUUGGAGGGUUCAAGAAGGCGAGAUUUACAGAGACUACUAUGGUGAAAAGGUAUACGAAACAAGAGCAAAAUUCCAUUAUAUCGAUGCUUCUGACAUUUCUAUGGCUAAUUGGAUGAGAUUCGUCAACCCAGCUACAACAUUUGAUGAACAAAAUCUGAUUGCCUGCCAAUACAAAAUGGAAAUAUAUUUCUAUGCGAUUAAACCAAUUAAGCCUAACGAUGAACUCUUGGUAUGGUACUGCAGGGAGUUCGCAGAUAGGCUAAACUAUCCUUCUACCGGAGAUCAGAUGGUCGUUAGGAUUCAUCAAGCGAAUAAUCACCAUCUAACUUUCUACGAUCCAAUGAUUGUGGUCGACCGUUCAGGAAGAACACGAAAAAUCCAUCCCUUAGAAACCCCCAGGUAUAGUCAGGACAAUGGAGCUCAUUCUCAUAUAGUUAACUUGCCGCAUGAAGACAGCGAAACAAACAUGACGGUUGAUAACGACGAGGAGGAAACCGCCUGUGACCUUAGCCAGCCUUUCACCGAGUCUGCAAUAGUUGAUCAACGACAAAGUAAAGGAUUAAGUCCACUCCUUCAUUUUUCUGAUGCAGUGCCUAUCAGUCAACACUACGCAGAUUCACGUUCGUUGUCUGAACCUCACGUAGAAGAUUUAUCUGUUAACCAACAUCAUACAGAUACCAGUUCCAGUUGCACGAUCGUGAAAGACAUGUCUGUUAAUCAUCAGCACAUUGAGGUGGCGACUCCUCGAAUGAAAGCGAUUAUUGUAAACACUUCAGACACUGUAACCAAAGAAGGAGCCUCAUAUGAUCGACAGCUGACACCACCAGAACUUGUCGAUGGUAGUGUUGGAUCUGACGAAGGGUAUCAUAGCAAUGAGUACCAGGAAAGGGGAGAGUCUCCCCCGGAAGAGUCAUGUGAUUCGGAUAGUGAGAACAACUAUGUACUUGACUUCAGUACGAAACCUGCUACUGCAGAGGCAGCAGUCAUUCAGCCUGUUUCGCCCGAAGAACCAAAAAACGAGUUUAGAAAGGUCAAAAUUAAAAUUUCUAAAGCUUAUAACUAUAAGUCCAGUACGAAACCUGCAGAAGACGAACCGAUCAAUACCCACAAAGACGAUUCUACGAUAGUACCUGAAGUCAAUAGCACACAGUCGACUACCAGAAUAGUGAGUCCUCCUAGCGUUAUAGUUUAUGACCAUCCCCCUCAUGAAGUUCCUAUGACGAAGUACUGUGAAGCAGAACUCAAGCCACUUAGUGUGGUUGCUUCACGCUACUCGCCUACAACCCCUAGUAUCUUAGAGAACAUCCUCUCGAACAACAGAACCGACUCAAAUAACAACGAGAGUGCUGAAAAAUCUACGGCGUCGACUUCCCAGACCGAGAUGGCAUAUUCUUAUAAGAAGAGUCAAAGAUACUGCGCUGUCAGCCCCGAUUCUAGUACCAGCGUGGUCCCUUCGCGAGUUCCUCCUAAGAGAUCUAUAAGUCCCUUGCUGACGAAGGUAACCUCCAGCUCUUCUCCGGAGUGUCAACUUCAACUUCCUGGAUAUUCAGGAGAGUGCCGUAACGGCUCACCUCCAAAUUUCUACACAUUAUACAACUCGCCGCCUUUGGUACAUAGCACCAUGUCCUCGCGUUCCCCGCCUUACUCCCCUCCGUCUUCAACCAACGGGUUCAUACCCAACCAACACCCAAAUAACGGCAAUCUGAUACUGCCGGGGCAGCACCUUAUGAACGCCAACAUAAACCAUCAUCUCCUAACUCCUCUGACGCCUAUUCAGCUUCAUAACGACAGAACGUCACCGACUUCAUCCAAAUGUUCAGACAUGUCGGAUCCUCUGAGUCCGAACUCAGCGCAAUCCAGAGGUUACAAAAGCCUAGGAUAUCCUCUGAGAAAGAAAGAUGGAAAAAUGCACUACGAAUGUAACGUUUGCAGUAAAACUUUCGGUCAGCUUUCCAAUCUGAAGGUUCACCUUAGGACACACAGUGGGGAAAGGCCAUUCAAGUGUAAUGUCUGCACCAAGUCCUUCACGCAAUUGGCUCAUCUUCAAAAACAUCAUUUGGUACAUACUGGAGAGAGGCCGCACGAGUGUAACAUCUGUAAGAAAAGGUUUUCGUCCACAUCCAAUCUCAAGACUCACAUGAGGUUACAUAGUGGGACCAAGCCGUACCACUGCGAGCACUGUCCGGCCAAAUUUACGCAGUUUGUACAUUUAAAACUUCACAAGAGAUUACAUACGAAUGAGAGACCUUAUAUUUGCGCCGCAUGUAACAAGAACUACAUAAGUGCUUCUGGGUUAAGGACACAUUGGAAAUCGACCAACUGCGUUCCUCAGUCUAGGGAGACGGACAUGGAGGUGGACACUUUCCACAAAGUGGAGAACUUGGAUAGACAUACAGGACUAACCGUUGAUGGUGACGAACUCGCUGAAAAUCACAAAGAAUCCUAUGAGGUCUCCAGUAACCAAACGACACAUAUUGUGAGCCAAAUUUUGAAUCCUGGACUCUCAAGGCCUCAAGUUGUUAGCCCCUUAUCAGAAUCCUCAAACAACAAGGAAAUGGAUCACGAUUCUAUUGAGACUGCCGAAUUUCGAAAAUCCCCGCAAACUUACUUCAUGGAAUUUGUGGAUUCGAAAAAAGACCACCACCAUGAAGAGAAAGAGUCCCAUAAGUCCACUAAAAUGCAUUUCCUGGAAUCGGUGGAUUAUAAGAUGGAACAAGAAAAUGAGAUCAAAACUAUCGAAUUCUGUAAAUCGCAACAGAUCCGUUUGCUGGAUUCUAUGAACCCUAAGAGGGAAUAUCGUACAGAGAUCAAAGCGAUGGAGUUCCACAAGUCUCAACAGAUUCAUAUAGGGCACACGGUCUUGCACAGUGGCUUCUCCAGAUCCAUUUCCAUGCAGCAGAACCACCACCACCAUCAUCAUCAUCAUCAUGGGGGCGCAGAAACACGCCCUAGCGUGAUUUCAAGCUCCCCCCUCCACAUCAUCGAAUGUACCUAAGAGUCUGCUCAUUUGUAGUUUUAGUUCUUGUUGAGUUUUUGAUAAUUUAUUUUAGUUAUUAGAACUGAUGUUUCAUCUUUAUUGAUUAUACGUUCAAAUUUCUGAAGAUACUCAUGUUUAUUAGACUUAUUUAUUUAUUUUUUUGUUUUUUUCUGAUAUAAAUGAGGCUGUGUUGCAGUUGAGGUGACCUCGAAACUGAUAGAUGGGUUGUUUCAAUACUUUCAAAUACUGAUAUAAGAUAGAAAUUAGGAGCGUAUUUUUCUUUAUUAUGAGUCAAAAAUUUUGUUUUCCGUUGAAGGUUGUUUUAGGGACGUAAUCCUGACGGGAAAGAUUUAUAAGAAAUGGUCGAGUUGUUGACUUUUUUAGACUGAUUUUAAAAUAAAAGCAAUAUAUAAAAUUAUGAAAAGUACUGCGAUUAGAAUGUUGAAUUUACAAGUUUUUAUAUACGUGCUCGAAAAUAAUGCUAAGAUUUUCGUCCAGUAUCCAUAAUGAGUGAGAAAUUGAAGUUUAUUUGAAAAAUUUUCAGUUAAUUCAGGUUUAUUGAAAAGAGAACAAUCGAUUCCUUUUCACAUAAUUUUUGCAGUUGAUUCUGUACUGAUAUUUACAAUGAACUUCUUAACGUCAAUGAAAUAAGCAAGUAUAAGCAAUAAUGUAAAUUGAACGAUUGUUUUAGGAUUUUUCCAAAGAUUUUAAUUUGAUGAAUAAUUCACCCAUCCAGUGAUUCAUUGAUUUUAGUAUUUAUGAAUUAGUUGAAAUUCUGUUUGUCUGUGAUGUUAUUUUUAAAAUUAUUAUUUUAUAUAUGGUUCACUGGAAACAGCUUAUCACUUUAUUGAUACUUGGGAUUAUCUCAUUAUAGUUUCUGGAUGGAAUUUCUAAUUCAAUAAAAACCAUAAUAUGUAACAGCAUAUAGAAAAAUAUAAUGUGCGAUAUUUUCUGUCUGGCUCAGUGUAAAACAGUGAAUUUAUAAAAUAAAAGAUAUUUAUAUAUGUAUAUGGUGCUUGUAAAUCUAAAUGUAUAAGAAUUUUAUUGGAAAUUAACAGUGAAGAUAAUUCGUCUGCUUGUGAAAUCAGUAUUACUGACUAAGUUCAAAUCGUACAUUGUUCUGUUUCCAUUUGUAAAAAUCUCAUGCACUUGCUAUAAUUAUAUAUUAUAUAAUGUAUAUUAUUAUAUAAUGAUAUAAUUUUUCUUUUGUACAGUUAGGUACCUACAGAUGUUUUAUUGAUAUGAAUUGUAUAAAUUUUGAUCAUCUUGGUAUUUUCUUGCCGUUGUACAUAAAUUUAUUUCGAGCAUUAUUCUAACAAGAAUGGAUCGUUCGUUAUCUAUUUCCAUAUGAGAAAUGUGGAUAUUGGUUCAAAGUGUUAAUUUCAAUAUAUCAUUGAAGGGUUUAAGUACUGUGAGGUGCUCUAAAGAAAGAUAUUUUUAUAAGACGAAAUAGAUAUGGCAUAUUUUCACAAUUUAGUUCGAUAAGUAAGAUAUUCAAAGAUUAGUUAUCAUGUCCCACAAAUUUUAUCCCUGUUGAAUAUAAUAGCUUAUUUUGUUCUUGUCUAUUCUAAUACUUGUCGUUGUGUCAUGAAUUACCACAAAGUUGGGUGGGUACCUCAAAUUAAAAAAAAAUCUUAGAUUGACUUCUUUUCUGUUUCCUUUCAAAUCUUCAAUAUUGUUAUUUAUUUUUUUCGUCAUUGACUUCAACCGUUUAAAUGUUUUGAAAAUACUUUGAUAAGAUAUGCAUGUAAAAAUGUUCAUAUGACUAUUAAAAAUGUCAGAAGUUA